UAUUUUGGAUCAUGCCCCCCCCUUAGAAAAAAUCCUAGCGACGCCUUUGUGUAUCAGAGGUUGAAGAUAAGGUCGUUAGAAAUUCGGCCAUUGGCCACAAAGGAGGACGACGGCGGGGAGAAACCGAGAGGCCAGCAGGUGAGCAAGGUUUCACAGCGGGAGAUGUCUCGUAUCAACGCGGAGGUCGGCACCGAUUAUGACGAUCACCAAGAACGGAAUUACGUCAGGGUCGUGCAAGAUGAAAUCUUCCGUACGACUGACGAAAGGAAUCCGUUGGUCAAGGAGGAGGAGAUCGACUUGGGUUUCCUCGACGACCUUGGCGGUCUGGCUCCCUAUUUGCCAGAUACCGAGGAUAGCAGUGUUCCUCUGAACAAGGAAGAGUCUUCUGGCGGCUUCUUCAACUGGCUUCUGUCGAUGUUAGGAUUGACUUCUCUCGUCGUGGAUGAGAAAAUCAGGGACGAGGAAUCCACUGAGCCAAAAUUUAACAGGUCGACUUCGGGGUCUUCUGGCAGCUUCUUCAACUGGCUUCUGUCGAUGUUAGGAUUAACUUCUUCCGUCGUCGAUGACACAAUUAAGAACAAGAGCUCCACUGAUCCGAAAUUUAACAGGUCGAUCUCGAACGAGUCGAAGAAACUAGCUAAAGAUCGAUGAGAAAUGGAUGAAAAAAAGAUGGUUUUCUUGCCGAAACUCAAAAUUCGAUAUAAUGCUGAGAAAUUGGCUGAGAAUCAACAGAGGGUCCCGAUUGACCACAUCACCAAUUGGCUAAUUUAAAAUAGGACUCUCUGAUUGGUUAAUCAUUGCUGGUUACCCUAGGGACAAAUCGAUAUAAUUGGCUGUGGUAAAUCGCAACGUGAUCAAACAGGAUACUCCUAGAAUCGACCCUGAAACCAAAACCGCUAAAUGAAAUCAGUUCAACAUGACGUAUAUAUCCUCCCUCAAAAUAUAUCCUCUCCAUUGAUCGUUUUAAGAUUUCUCCCCCGAUCGCUACAUCGCAUGAUAAUUAUUAUUAACUUGUAGAAAAUAUAAAUUCACCAGACCAAUUCAUCAAUUCGAGAUGCCGCCGACUUUCAUGGAAAUAGCGACGUAAUUAAAAAGUAUAAUAGAAAGUCAAAACAAAACAAUACAAUGAAAUAGUACGAGGUAAGCGGAUAUUCAAAGAUGCAUCGAUUGAAUAGUUUUACCGACGAGCCUACCGCAGGUUAAUUGACAUCUCGAUAAGUAUAGAAUUACAUGCUACUCGAAAUUAAUUUAACGCUCGGUUGAUAAUUGUGCCAUUUGUAGAUGUAGACUUCUAAGAUUUCUUGAUUUCUUAAUUACGUAGAAUGAAAGCGAGUGUAAUUAAAUGAACAUUUUAUCACAUGCGAUCAAAUGUGAUCAAAUAGAACAGUCUCAUCGUGUGAAAAAUGUGUACAUAUUGUUUUCCUUCAAUUUCUUUUACAUAAAGAUAGUACAUUUUUCAAUGAAUUAUAGAUAUGUUUGCGGCAUAUUUCUUAGACGACAAAAUCUUCUACGCAGAUCUACCCGUAUAUUAUAUUAAAGCAUCUGAAUCGCAGCGCAACGUUUGAGAGUUUCUGAUGCUUUCGCAAGUUUCAACGAUGUUAUGCGCGUAUGGUGAAAUUCGUACGGUGAAAUUUAUCCGGUAAAUCGGGCACGAGACGGAGGAACGCAUUGCCGAACAGGUGUCCCGUUUUUACGAUCAGAUAAUUCGUGAUAUUCGAUACAUACAUUUAUAUAUAACGUAUCACACGCCUCUCUCUUUCUCGCUCUAAGUCGGAGAAUCUAUACAACUUGAAAUGGAUUAACGGUAUUUGCAUACCACCGGAAGUAUAACGAAUGUAUAAUGAUUCGAGCACACGUAAGAGUUAUUACACGGCGAGAACGAUGCUAGAGGAAGGAGAAAAAGGAAAACGCGGGAUCGCAGGCCGCAUUCGCAGAGAUUACUGGGGGCGGAGGGGGGGGGGAGAUUAGGCGAAAGAAGAGAUAAGCCGCACACAACACACGGAGUGUGUAUAUGUUCCGGUUUAGCGGUCCGAUAUUCGUUGGCGAGACGUGCGAAUCGCGAGCGGUUGCUUGGUUUUGCAACGCGGAGCGGCUCGCGUACUCGCCGUAAUUAGUUUGACUUUCACCCAUCGCGCUCUACCGUCCGUCCAAGUAGGCGGCCAUGGUUGAGGACCUAUGAGGCCUCGAUCUGGCCAAUCGAGGUUCGGUCGACGCGACUUUUUUCACACGAAGAAGACAGGAGCAGAUUUUGAAAUCGAUACGCCGCAUACAUAUACAGGGUG